AGCCCGCCGGCCGGCGAGGACCCCACACAGCCAAGAUGGCGGCGCCCGUGCGGCGCUCCCGCAGCCUGCUCGGGCUGGCGACAGCACUGGGCCCAGGCUUCCGUGCCUACCGGGCGCCUCCGCCCCCGCGCCGCUGGCCUGGGCCCUGGUGGCCAGAUCCGGAUGAUCUGCUGACCCCGCCAUGGCAGCUGGGGCCGCGUCACGCGGCCAAGCAGUUCGCGCGGCACGGCGCAGCCUCCGGGGUGGACCCCGGUUCGCUGUGGCCGUCGCAGGAACAGCUACGCGAGCUGGAGGCCGAGGAGAGCGAGUGGUACCCGAGCCUGGCGGCCAUGCAGGAGUCAUUGCGGGUACAGCAGCUGGCCGAGGAGCAGAAGCGUAAGGCCAGGGAACAGCUCAUUGCAGAGAGCAUGGCCAAGAUGCCACAGAUGAUUGAGAACUGGCGGCGGCAGAAGCAGGAGCGCAAGGAGAAGGAGAAGGCAGACAAGGAGCGGCGAGCCCGGCUGCAGGCUGAAGCCCAGGAGCGCCUGGGCUACCACGUGGACCCACGGAGUGCCCGUUUCCAGGAGCUGCUGCAGGACCUGGAGAAGCAGCAGCGCAAACGCCUCAAGGAGGAAAAACAAAGACAGAGGAAGGAGGCAAGAACUGCUGCAAUGGCUGCCGCUGCAGACCAGGGCCCACCAGCCUCCGCGGCACCCAGCUCCUGAGCUCUUCCUUCUCAAUAAAACCUGCUGCCCAGCAGCCUC